AUGAAUCCGCUAUUCUACUACCUUCUACAGAAGGAUAUCAACAAUUUCAAGAAUGCUUUAGAGACUUCUACUAAACCGUCCUCACUGAGCAAAUCCUGGCAGUCGUCUACCGAACAGCGUUACGACGUCAAUAUGAGAGAUGAGAGGGGCAGGACAGUUUUGCAUUUGAUAGCGACAAUGGAGGAUAAUAGGCAAUUAGAAUUUGCAAAGUCUGCACUUUCACAGGUCAAUAUCAACGUAAAUCUCCAAGAUGCUGAAUCUGGCUGGACAGCGCUGCACAGAGGAAUAUAUUCCGCAUCUCUCGGUUUCGUCAGACUUCUGUUAUCAAGAGAUGAUGUCGAUCUCUCCAUAAAGGACAGGGAAGGUUAUACAGCCUUCGAUCUCUACAAUCUAACUGUAGAUGAUGCAUAUCCAGACCCACAUCAUUCUGCACGUUCAGAAUUGUACACUUGGGGUGCUAACCGGAAUUACGUAUUAGGUAACACACAUGGCAACGAUCGCCAACUCCCAGAACGUAUAUCUGUCGAAAGACAGAAUCAAGAUGAACUUAUCGGUCAAGAAAUGUUUAGGUAUCUCGACAUAAAGAAGGUCUUUAUGUCAAAAAACCAUACAGGUAUUAUGACAGACGAGGAGUAUAACAAUAUACGUUUUUGUGGUUUUGGUAACAACGGCAGGCUUGGUCGGUCGGUACAUACUCAGCAUACUUUCGAUACUGUUUCACCAUCUCUACCAUUCAAAGUGGCCGAUAUGGCUUUAGGCCCUGAUCACAGUCUUCUUAUAUCCACAGAAGGUCAUGUGUAUUCAUUUGGUUCAAAUAAAUACCAGCAGUUGGGAUACUCAGUUGAUGCACCGGUAUCCCAACACGCUAAAUUUGCUAGUACAAGUGAUCCUUUCCAAACUACACCGAAGAGAAUUGUCGGUGUGCUGAAGAGAGAAGUGAUGGAGGGCAUUUCAGCUGGUAAAACUGCCAGUGCAUGCUGGAAAGCCGACAGUUUGUUCACAUGGGGAACCAAUGAGGGUCAUUUAGGAUACGACCAAAAUUCUACGCCUGUGCAGAGCGCACCGCGUAAGGUGACAUCCAUUAAACAGAAUGUUAUCGACGUCGUAAUAUCGGAUAGGAGCAUGGGUGUGUUGCUCGAAAAUGGCGAUCUAAUAUGCUUUUACAACAACGCCUACAUCAAAGUGAAUUUCACACAUUUCAAAUCUGACAAAAUUAAAGCAAGUGCUGCUAAUAUCAAACCGACGAUCACGAAGGUAAAAUGCUCAUCAAACACUAUUGGUGCAUUAUCAUCAUUGGGCGAGGUAUUUGUAUUUGCGUCACCAAAUGAAGCAACUACUACGAUUAAACCACAGAAAGUGUGGACUUUCAGGAAUCGUUAUACGGCAGUUAGAGAUUUUGAUGUUGGUCCUAAUGGAACUGUCAUACUAUGCACACAAGCCGGUAGCGUAUUCAUAAAAAACGCAAAGACAACGCUUGAGUCAAUCCCAUCUGGAUGGAAGGAAAAUAGCAAAGUUAAAUCAUCGAAAUUCUCUCGUAUACCAUACCUCCAUCGUGUUAGCACAGUCUACACCAGCGAUUCGGGCGCAUUUGCGGCCUUGAGAAAUCCACCUAGCCACCAUCAAAUAUUCUCAGGCGGGUGCACGAUCGGAAGUGAAAUCGAGAAAAAUAUGUAUUUGGGACAUGGUGAUGAAGAAGUUGAUCUUCAAGUUGAGGGCAAGGUUCAUGUCGAAAUCGACGAUGACGAUAGCCAUCCUGAAGAUGAAGAUGACGACGUCGGAGAAAAGAUAUUGGAAUGUAAGAAAUAUUUCCAAAAGAUUUCUCAGUCAAGGGACAAUGUCGAUGUCGACUACUCUGACACCCACGUUGGUGCCUUCGACAUGAAGCUUCUCCUUAAUGAUGGAGGAGUCAUACCCAUUCAUAAAGCGAUAUAUGCAGCGCGUUCUCCUAUUCUUAGGACUCUCAUCGAGGGGACAGAAGUGAACAAUCACAUUCCAAAUGGAUUCAACGUUGAUAAAAAUAUCUUACGGUUUCACGAUGAACUCUCACAUCCCCUUGCCUUAUUUAUACUUAAUAAGUAUAUCUACACAGAUUCGCUACUGCCUAUCUGGGAUCCAAGAAUAGAACCAUCAUUAAGAGAGUUAAUCCCUCAUGAUCAAGUAGUCAUAGUGAGGGACACACUCAAGGUGCUAUCCAAGGCCCUUAAGAUGUCAACUCUCGAACCAUAUUUAGAUAGGCUAGUGGUACGCGAUGUGCCGAAAACGUUACAUAAUGAUCUUCAAGAGAGACUCAAAAGUGGUGUACCUACUGGCGACGUAAGGCUGAACUUCAUGGAAAAUAAGUCUAUCAUUGUCGACUCCGUACUUUUGAAGUCACGAAUUGGAUUUUUCAGUGCGAUGUUUAAUGAUAAUAUUUGGACAAUAGAUCGCCGUAGUGGCAACGAAUUGAUAGAUAUCGAUUUGUCAAACAUGCGCUUAGAGAUAUUCACCUACAUUACUAAAUAUAUCUAUGGUCAUACAGAGUCUACAGUGUUUGCAGAUGUCGCCGCUGGCCAUGCGAAGGAAUAUAUCGAUAUUAUUUUCGAAGUUCUCCAAUACGCGAACGAGUUAAUGAUCGAUAAAAUGAAGUUGAUAUGUGCGGCUACAAUUAGGCCAUUCAUAACGCUCAACACCGCUCAAGAUAUAGCAGAAAGAGCCAAUUAUCUAGAGUGCCAUGAAUUAGUUGAUAGCAUAAUGGAAGACUUGACUACACAGCUUGAAUCAGCUUUAGAAAAACACGCAUUGGACGAUCUCUCGGAUGAACUCUUGAAUGUUUUGAACGGUCACAUUCGUAAACGUCAAGAUGAGCAUUCACCGAUUAGACAAGUAUACCAAGCACUCCUAGAUGUCAUGGUCGAAAGUAACCGAGAAUGGCUCAAUGAUCAGGAUAUACCUCAACCUAUCUUACAAACGCACAUAAAGUAUUGGAAUAAAACUAGUUCACGUUCACCUAAAUUUGGUCCAAGUAGUUACGGAAGGUCGUUGAUUAUGUCACCUACUAAUGCGCUUAGAGCACACGCCAGUCCACCAGUUACGCCUGAUAUCGCACCCUUGAGUCUGACAUCUACGGCCAACAUACCGCCAAUUGAUGAUAUAUUUGACAUGGAUGACGAUAAACCGAUGACAAAUACGCCCGGCACACCAGCCUCGGGAGUAGGAUCUCGUGGUGGGCCAUCCCCUUGGCAAAACCAAGUUGGUAGUACGGAGAGUGCAAAAGUGCACGAUUUCAGGUCAAUUGUUGAAUCUGAAGCUGCAAAUACGCCAGUAAAGACCUACAGUCAGUCGCCAUUAGCGGGUGCUGGGUUCGGGAUUGGCAAACUGUCACAAAAGGAGAAGAGAAGGUUGCAGCAAGAAAGGGAGAGACAGGAGAAAGUGUCUGUAUCUGCUUCUCCAGGCAGUAGCACGCCCGCGUGGAGAGUGCCUGAGAGACGGACAUCUGCAUGGAAUGUCGCCAGCAAUGUUGGCAACUCGCCAAGUUCGUCACAGCAGAUCAGCAAGCCUCCUAGAACGGAUGUUAUCGUUCCGACACGUGAGAAAGGAAAGAAAAUAUCAUCACAAAGUGGUAAUGCUUGGUCACAAGCACCUGCAUUUGCUAGUCCACCGGUAGCAACACCCGAGGUGGCCUUAAGCACCAGUCUUGCGGAUAAUUCUUUCGAGGCUAUACAAAUCGAGCAGCUAGGAUUGUCCUCCCAAUCUGCAUCGACUACCAAGAAGAAGUCUAUGAUUGAAAUCCAGAACGAGGAGAAGGAGAGAGAAGAAGAGCAAGCAUUCUUGAAAUGGUGGGAAGAGGAAGAGAGAAGGACGAAAGAAGCAAUGGGAUUGUACGUGCCCGACAAACGCGAUAGGGGAACUCGCGGCAAAAGUCGAGGUAGAGGCCGAGGGGGAAAAUCGCAAGAAAGCAGACAAAGAGGGAAUAACAAAGGAAAUAAGUAA